GUAAGACGCCAUUGAAUCGAGAACAAAAAUGGAGUGUGGGUCUAAUGUACAGGCGUAUUGAGUUUAGGAAAUUUAUAAGACUUUUUAAAAUUAAUUUUUAGUGCCAACAAGUUGUUAUUGUUUUUUUUAAGUGUCACAUUGCAGUAAUUAAUUAAUUUAUUCACACUAUUUUAUUUGAAAGGUAAUAUAUCAAAAAUGAUGUCGGACCGCAAAGCCGAGUUGGAGAGAAAGAAGGCCAAGUUGCAGGCCAUCAGGGAGGAAAAAGAGCGACGUCGGAGAGAAAAAGAACAGAAAGAUGUUGAGGAAGCGACGGUUCGAGCAGCUGGUACUGAUAAAGACCAUCGAAAGGAACUGGACGCUAUGCUUUCAUCAUUGGGAGUCGCACCAGUGUCUGAUGUACUAUCUAGUCUCUCGAGUAUGAACUCACUAGCUUCAGAUCAAAGUGCCAAUGCAACACCUGAUGCCAGUAUACAGCCAUCAAGUAUCACAUCUCCGCAGAGUGGGUCAUCAAAGAAGAGAUCUAACCGCGAAUUGACAGUAGUGUCAGUAGCCCACACAAACAUUCCACCAAAAGAGCCAGUAGUUUACAGCAAACAAACCCAGACAGCUCAAACGACACAGACCUCCCACGACGGACUGUCCGCCUCCUCUUCCGCAAACACCAUCUACUCCUACUGUACAACAACGUCACCAACUCACUCUUGCUCCGCAGGAUACUUUGAGACUGACUGGUGGCGUCCCAGGAAAGGUGGGUCUGCACCAAACUACCUAUCUCAUGCAUUCGACUAUUACGACGAGUACAAUCUAAAUCCUGGUUUAGAGUGGGAGGACGAAUUCACAGUUUUAACAUAUGAUGAUGGCCAAGCCGAGGAUGAGGAGAACAGCCUUCCGCAUAUCGAUGGCUUUCAAAGUAAACUACCACCGGGAAUCCUGCCUCAUGGUCUGCCGCAAGUCAAGGAAGUUCUUCCAGCGGUGACUCAGGAUGAACAGCAAAAAGAACCGGAGAAACCUAAAGAGAUUCGUGAACUGAGUGAAGAAGAAAAACAAAUGAUAAUUCUAUCAGAAGACUUCCAACGUUUUCUUGAUAAAACAAGCCGAUUGGUUGAACGAGCACUUGCUGAGUCUGUUGAUAUUUACACUGAUUAUACUGGCACUCUAGAUGGUGAAGAUGGAAUGGACGAAAAAAGUCAUCAGCGUUUGUGGUUGAACCGUUCAUUUUUCUGCGACCGUUGGUCACGAAACCGUUGUGUCACUUCGAUGGACUGGUCUCCGCAGUUUCCUGAAUUGCUUGUAGCUUCUUACAACAGCAAUGAAGACGCACCGAAUGAUCCCGAUGGUAUAUGUCUUGUGUGGAACACUAAAUUCAAGAAAACAACUCCAGAGUUUAUCUUUCACUGUCAGUCAGCGGUGAUGUCUACUACCUUUGCGAGAUUCCAUCCUAAUUUGAUUCUCGGUGGUACUUAUGCAGGACAAAUUGUCCUUUGGGACAACAGAGUCCAGAAACGUACUCCUAUUCAACGGACACCACUUUCUGCUAGCGCUCAUACUCAUCCAGUUUAUUGUUUAAACGUUGUCGGCACCCAAAACGCGCACAAUUUAAUAAGUAUUUCAACAGACGGUAAAAUGUGCUCUUGGAGUCUGGAUAUGUUAUCAAUGCCGCAAGAAUCAUUAGAUCUUCAAGCAAAACAAUCAAAGCCAAUUGCUGUAACAAGCUUAGCUUUUCCUCACGGCGAUGUAAACAAUUUCGUUAUUGGAAGCGAAGACGGUACCGUUUAUUCAGCUUGUCGUCACGGAAUCAGAGCUGGAGUAACAGAAACAUACGAAGGUCACCAAGGCCCAGUAACAGGAGUGAGCGCUCAUGCGGUCCAAGGAGGUAUUGACUUCUCACACCUGUUCCUCACCUCGUCCAUAGACUGGACAAUAAAAUUAUGGAGUUUAAAAGAAAACAAGCCUCUGUACUCAUUCGAGCACAACGGCGACUAUGUCUACGACGUCGCUUGGUCCCCGACUCACCCCGCGCUCUUCGCCGCGGUCGACGACUCUGGCAGACUGGACUUAUGGAAUCUCAAUCAAGACACCGAAGUUCCCACAGCGAGUGUCGUCGUCGACGGAUGUCCGGCGUUGAACCGCGUAUCUUGGACUCCCAGCGGCUUACACGUCACCGUUGGUGACGACUCUGGUAAAAUUUGGGUGUACGACGUCGCCGAGAACUUGGCUCAUCCUCGAGGCGACGAGUGGAACAAGUUCCUGUACACUCAGCAAGAUUUGAAGAACAACAAAGCUGACGACGAACUAGAUAAAUUAAAUUUAAACUCUGGACCCUCUAGUUUAACUUCUUUAUCGUCUAUGUCGUCAGUUCCCAUUAGAUAAGUCCAGUCAUAAAAUAAAUAAAUAAAAUAAUGUUUUAAUUACUAGUUAUUAUUAUUGCAGUCAAAUUAAAAAUAAUAUUGAUUAUUAAUUUAAUGUGUUAGCUUAAUAUAAUAUUCUAAGUGCUGUCGCUAAUUUGUUUUUUAAAUUAAAUUUUAAAAUUUAACUUUGUAGACUUAAUCUACAAACUAUAUCAAGUAAUUAAUUAAUCUAUUCUUGUGUAAAUAUUAAUUAUUUUAUUGACGUUAAUUUCUUUUUUUACUUCUAUUUCACUGCUAAUAAUCAACAUAUGUAAAAUUUAUUUUAUAUUUAUAAAAAAAAAUAAUUAUUGUUCUUUUAAAUAAAAAGUUCGGGUGUAUCAGAUGAACUUGAAAAGUACCAUAAAAUAAAAUAAAAUAAAAUGCCUACGCAGUGAAACCAAA